AUGGCCACUUCAAGCAAAGUCCCUAAGGCUAUCAAGGUUUCUACUAAACAAACGAAGGAACCUAAAAAGAUUUCAGAUCUUUCUCCUUUUGCUACGCUUUCUGGCCCAGUGAUGAUGCGUAAUCAACAAUAUAUUCUUGAACCAAAAACUGAAGAACAACGCAGAAUUUAUGAAUCUCAAGAAAAGACCAAGAAAGGUCACUCGAAACCUACCCCUACUCCUCAAAAAGUCAAAACAAAAGCAGCUGGAGUCCCUGUUAUAUUAGAGUCAGACGAAGAGGACUUGUCUUCUAUUCUAGAUCUAACCCUCAGGAAAAGGAAGAAGCAACCAAAACCUACUCCUGAAGAGCUAUCGAAGAUAGUAGCGGCGCAGGUUGAAAGCGACAUCUCCGAUCUUAUAGUCGAAGGGGACAAGGGUGCUGCAGUUGUUGCCACACAAACAACAACCAAAUCUCCCUAUGUACCAAUCCUUCUUAAUAGUGUUGGAGAAUCCACCUACCAUCCAACAUCUACAAGGGGUUCGGAGAAAAGCUCAAUGAGCAAAAUUAACCAACCGAUUGCUGAGGAGCAUGAGACUUUGCCACCCAAAAUCACCACCCAAAACUCUCAUACCAGUGGUUCUGAUCAUGAAACUGACUCAGGUACAAAAACCCAAGCUGAAGUGAACAAAGAUGCUAUGGUGGUGGAAGAAGAAGUCCAUGCUGGAAAUGACUUUGAAGGUGGCUCGCCUGAUGUCGACGGUACAGACAAUGUUGCUCUUGAAGGUAAUGACGACCAAGAUGAGGAGAUGAGAGAAGAAGAAGAAGAAGAAUACCAGUCAUUAUUCCAUGAUGCACCUAGUGGUGAGGAUGAAGAGGACCUCAAAGAGGAGGAUUAUAAUGGUGAGGGAAGAAAGGAUGAUACCAUCGAGACAAACGAAGGACAAUCUUAG